UUACGGUACCGGUCCGGUGUGGUCCGACUGUUGGAGCACGGAGCUGCUUAUAAAGUAGCAGCUGAUCGAUCAGCAGCAGUUAUUGAUACUUUGUGACUAUUGGUGACAGAUGGAGGCCCGAGUCUCUCAACCCGAACUGAUUCUGGUUUUCAGCGGGAAACGGAAGUCCGGAAAAGAUUACGUGACGGCCCUGAUCCAGGACCGUUUAGGUCCUGAGGUCUGCUGCGUCCUGCGUCUGUCUGGUCCUCUCAAACAGCAGUACGCACAGGAACACAGUCUGGACCUGGACCAGCUGCUGGGCCCGGGUCUUUAUAAGGAGCAGUAUCGGGCUGAUAUGAUUCGCUGGGGAGAAACUCGACGACGACAGGACCCCGGAUUCUUCUGUCGCCUAGCAACGAAAGGGGCAUGGCAACCAGUCUGGGUGGUGAGUGACGCACGGAGGCUGACGGACCUUCAGUGGUUCUGGUCGGAGUUCCCUCGACAGACUCAAAGUGUCAGAGUUCAAAGUUCAGAAGAAACCAGGAAACAGAGGGGGUGGAGCUUCACUGCAGGUGUGGAUGAUGCUGAGUCAGAGUGUGGGUUGGACAGCGGGGUUGAAUUUGAUUGGAUAAUCACUAAUGAGGCCGCCGCCCCCUCGUUAGACAAGCAGCUGCAACCAAUCCUCAAGCUGGCUGAGGAAGCAGCUUCAUCACCGAUCAGUGACAGCUGAUCAAUAGCCUAAUAUUAUUGAUGAAUGAUGAUGUUCAGGUCUGAGGAGCUCCUCAGUGUUUCCUCUGCUGUGCAGGUCAACAGGUUCUCAGAUAAAGGUGUGACACCUGUUCAGUUUCACGUCAGUGAGGCAGUGACAUCAUUCCGUCUCGUUUCUGUGUUUGUCGUUAAAGCUGAUGGAGCUGCUGCCUUUGUGCCUUCGAGCAGCAGAUUGUGUGCUGGUUCAUCAGGACUGACUCUACAUAUUAACUACAGGCCGUCAGUGUUGUUGUGUACCAACAGGAAAUGAUGUCAGUUAAACACAAACUUUGUCAAAUAAAAGUCACAGUAAAAGA